AUGAAGCCAGCUACUGCUCUUGUGCUGCUUGGGGCUGCGUUGGUCCUGAUCUCCGGCGCAAAUGGUGAACUGUGCGAAACUGUGAAAAAGGAUGUACAUCUAUUCCUGUUUGGAAGCCCUAAGGAAUAUGUUACCUAUGUGGGAAAGUACAAUCAAAACCUUGCAGUAUUAGAAAAUGCUAAACUUCUUAAGGCAUGCCUUGAUAGCAAGUUGACGGGAGAGGAUAAGGAGAAUGCAUCCAGUGCGUUGAUCAAAGAGCCACACUUCAUCUUGACCUCAGGCUCCUUCCAGGAAGUGUCCAACGAAGGUGCAGGUGUCUGA